AUAUCCCUGCAGCAUGGAAAAUUCAGCUGGGUACAUUGUGGGUCAUUUGCCCGGGCCAUUGCGCGUGCUUCAUGGUACAGCGGUUAUUGUCACUGAUGUCUUGGGUAUCACCGGCAAUCUUCUGGUCAUCAUCUUGAUUGUGACCACGUCCAAGCUCCGGACCUCCCACAACGCCUUCGUGUGUAAUCACAGUCUGGUCAACCUCCUGUUGUCCAUCGUCUUCUUGCCCUUUUACGCCGUGGCUGUCCUGGCAGGGAAGUGGCCCGAGGCCCUAGACCCGAUCCUUUGUCGAUUCAGCGCCCAUUUCUCAGCCCUAUUGUGGCACGUGUCUCUGAUCAACCACUGCGCUCUUGCGAUCAACAGGUACCUUCUCGUGGGAAAAUCACCCGCUGUUUACGACAAAUACUGUGGGAGGAAACCAAUUGCCUUCGUUCUGCUAUCUACGUGGUUUCUUGCUGUCGCGGUAGCUGUCAUCUUUCACGUUAAGUUUGAGUCUCAAUACCAGCCCCUCUUUUCCUUCUGUAUUACCAACGUUGACCCUGGUUCCCGUCUCAUUGUUACUGUGAUCUCGAGCAUAACAGUUGUGACCGGCAUGAUCGUGAUACCUGUGCAGUACUACCGGAUAUUCCGUGUGGUGCAGGCGAGCGGGCGACAGUUUCUUAGACCAACCGCAAUGGUACCCGUCGCCUUGGCCGAGACAGCAUUGCCACGUCGUGGUCCACACCCAAGGUCUUCGGCUUCCCGGUCUGUCACAAAAGAAGAGAUCCGACUCAUCAAGAUGUCAGUGAUUGUGACGCUCGUCUACCUGCUUUCGUAUGUGCCAAUAUCCGUCAUUUCCGUGAUCGGUAUGUACAAUCCGGUUGUUUUUCGAGGGGCACGGCUUGGGGUGUUCAUCCUGUCGUUAACGCCGGCCGUUGAUCCAGUAAUCUAUGCCUGGAUGAACAGAAAUAUCAGAAAAGCCUGCUGUCGAGUCAUCAGGUGUCAGCAACUAGCGCAUGCAGCACGACGUCGGUAGGUUGGAGGACCCUUUAAUUGGUAAGGAAACCAGCAUCUAUAUAAUUAUGUAUGGUUUCGUGCACAAGUACCCCUCACCAGUUACAAGGAGAGAGGUGAGACUGACAUUUAAACACCAUUGUCGGCGUUCACGCUUAGUGCGUUGGCUCUAUAUAUGUGAUGGCCAUUUGGGUCGUGCUCCACGAAUCUGCUUCAUGUAUUCAACUCUGAGAUAGGGAGGAGCCUGAUUGUUUCUUUGUAGCCUCACUUUAAAAACACUGUUCAUUUAAACAAUAAGGUAUCAUGACUUCUUGCCCGUGAUUUGGAGCUGUACACAGAGAUGCUUUACAAGGACGGCCUCUUUUUCGAUUCAAGAUGGCAAACUCUUCUAAAGGUUAGCAUGCGGAAACCCUAUUGCCGGAUACAUGUACUCAUUUUGUGUAAAUUCUACGCGAUACCCGAGCAAAAAUGUACACGCAUGCGUAUAGUUGACUCUUGGCGUUCGCUCAUGGAGCUCAGAUUUCCAGUACUGUUUAAUAUGUACUGCGUCGCCUUUGAAACAUUGGUUUUUCGAACAAAGUCAUCUUUAAGACAUUGGUUAUAAUUAUUCCUUGUAACAAUACGAACCUGGGGGUGGCUUUCUUUGACUUCUACCGUAGCCUUACUAACUAUUGUUAUUCAUUAUUUGUAGCAGUAACUUCUUCAGCGUUCAUGAGAGGUAUUCGUAACGUUAUUACGUGAACAUUUUAUUGCCUCACGUUCAGUAAGUGAAAUAAACAAUGUAGAUAAGGCUGUAAAGAUUUACGCUCAUAAGAUAAAAGCUAGGCUACAGCUUAUAAUAUUAGCAGUACCGUUGAAGGUAAACAUCGUGAAUGAGAUGAGAAAUGAAUUAAGGCAAGCACAGAAUGUCAAACAGCAAACUUAGCUUUUAUUUUGAUGUCUUGGCUGUCGACCAGUCCGAUGAAAAUAGUAUCAUUUACCCAUCGUACUGACCAUUUGCUGUGUACUUAAAUAAUGGCGGUUGUAAAUGACUUGAUGAGGUCGUUCGUACGGGCGUUUCACAUAGUACGCCGCUAAGAGUUUGAAACGCGGUGACCACCGUACACAGUGUUCUUUUGAAUGGGUUGACCAUAGUCCAUACGCGUCGAAUGGCAAUGUGCGUUUGGAAAGAGUCACCGUGUUCCAAACUCUUGGUGACGCACUAUCCGGUUUAUGACGUGACGUCAAUUCAGUUUAAACCACUGCACAUGCACUGCACGUAGAGUUGCAUGCAUUGAUCACCGUUUACAUGGAACCGGAA